AUGCUGGGAAAGACUGAAGCAAGGUUCACAACCUCUGUGGUUCACAGGAGCCACUGUGAUAAGGGUCCAGGGAGGAAUCCACCAUUUUCAGUGGAAAACAAGUGGCAAUUACUAGUUAUGAUGACUUUGUACUUUGGAUCUCUGUUUGUUUCUCCUUUCUUUAUAGUAAGACACCAACUGCUUAAAAAAUAA